AUGCGCUGCCUGCACGUCUCAGACAAGCAGGGGAUGCAACAAACCUCUGCUCUGAGCACAGAGGCUGCGAGCUGUACCCAGCACCAAGGGGAACCAGCGGGCCCCCGCCAGUACCGUGGGAGCCCCUCACCCCAAGCCUGGACCCUGUCUCCCCCUCACCCCGCCUGGUGCUGCUGCACUCGGCUCUGCCUCUGCUGGCCGAGGAUGAUGUGGCAAUGCCAUGUGUCGUCCUCUGAGUGCCGCUGCUACCGGCUGAACGGCUUCUCCCUGCUGAAGCGCUUCCCUCUCUCGGCAGAUGGGGCCUGUGGUAAAGCCCUGGACCAGCCGGUGGGAGAGUGGCUGGAGCACGUGGGGCUGCCGCAGUACGAGAGCAAGUUCCUGCUCAAUGGCUUUGAUGAUCUACGAUUCAUGGGAAGUAACGUGAUGGAGGACCAAGAUCUGAGAGACAUGGGGAUCACUGACCCGGGACACCGUAAGAAAAUCCUGCACGCGGCACGCAGCUUGCCUAAGGUGAAGGCACUGGGCUGUGAUGGGAGCUCGUCUCUCGCUUCGUGGCUCGAUGGCCUUGGACUCCAUGAAUAUCUGCCCAACUUCCUCACGACAGGAUACCGCACUCUGGAGUGUGUCAAGAACCUGUGGGAGCUAGAGAUUGUCAAUGUUCUUAAAGUGGGUCCUCUGGGACACCGCAAAAGGAUCAUUGCCUCGCUCGCAGAGAGACCGUACGAAGAGGCGCCCUCCAAGUCCAGACGUCUUUCUCCAAUCAUGUUCCACGACCUGCUGUCCCAGGGAAACACCCCCCUGGGGCAGCUGGACCCUUACACCAGUCGCUCCAUGGACAUGCUACUGCCCCUGACCGAGUCUGACCGCCGCAGGAGGGGCUUCGACCAGGACUGUAGCAUCUCUCUGCGCUCCUACAGUGAGAGACCGAGAUCUGUGGAAAGACACAGUGAGAAACAGAAAGACCGUUUUAAUCUUCGACCCACAAGCCAUUCUGCUACCUACGCCACAGUGUCUGCAUGGCAUCAUCAACCUGAAAAACUCAUCCUCGACUCCUGCGGAUAUGAGGCUUCUUAUUUAGGAUCGUUGAUAAUCAGGGAUCUACGAGGGAUCGAGUCCACGCAAGAUGCCUGCGCAAAAAUUAGGAAAUCAAAGGAUUCCAAAAAGGGACCAGUCGUCAUAUUAUCUAUUACCUAUAGAGGUGUCAAGUUCAUUGAUGCAGCUUCAAAGACCAUUAUCGCGGAGCAUGAAAUCAGAAACAUUUCUUGCGCCGCACAAGACCCAGAUGACCUGUGCACAUUCGCUUACAUUACCAAGGAUCCGAAGAGUGGUCACCAUUUGUGCCAUGUUUUCAGCACUGUUGAAGUGACUCAGACAUAUGAGAUCAUCCUCACCCUGGGACAAGCCUUCGAGGUGGCCUAUCAGGUGGCCAUGCAGUCUAGAGCCAGACACUACGCCCAGGCCUCCACCCCGACCCCAGAGGUUGUCGAGCCAAAGCCCAGCCGCUCCAUCUCCCAGUCCUGGAGCAACAUCCGCAGAUCCGCAGGUGCCCCUCAGCCCGAAUGCCGCUGCUGUCACUGUCACACGUGUACCACCCACCGCCCCUCCUUCCUCCCGUUGCACUCUGUUAGCCCUGGAGUCCAGAUGGACCCUCUGGAGUUGGACCCUGACAUGCACUCCUUGGGAAGCAACUCCUGGCUUCUGGACCAGCGGGACAGCCACAGGCGACCGGUCAGCACCAACCUGUCCUGUCUUACCAGGCAUCUACCACUGUGA